AUGGGAAUUUUUCAUUUACUGAGAUCUACCAAGGAGCCCGGAUUGGUCAAGGAACUGAAUCAGUGCCUGAAGUUUACCAUCCGCCUUGCCGAAGCAAAGGAAACAGCUGAAUUCAUCAAAGAAUGCAUUCAAUCGAAUACCUAUCCGAAGGAAUAUUGGAAAGUUUUACGCCGUCAUCAUAUCGAACCAAACAAUCGCUCGUUGAAACGUCACAGCCUAAACCAACUGGACACCUAUCGCAACAGAAUCACGCAAUUCGAACGAAAUAUUGCCCAAAGGGAGUGCGCGAUGGAGUUACUUUCCGAAGAAGAAAAGGUGAUGUUCCAAUCGAUGCUCAAUCAAGUAGUCAUAAAGUGUGCUCAAAACAAACGGCUCAAACUACAACGUGGUGUUUCUAAAUCCAAACCUGUUAGUCAUUUUCCGGACCAGCCCGAAAAGUGUGUACAUAAUUUCUCAGACAUGAACCUAGACCGAGUUACGCUUGAAAUCCUGUCACUCGGACCACAAUUUUGCUGCCCCAGACGGAGAACAAACAAAUUGGAAGUGGACGUGCAGUUCGAGAAUCUGUAUAACCAAACGACGGAUCUAACAUCUGUCUCCAGUGAGGACCUGAAUAUUCUGAAAAGUACGCUAGUCAACUGUGCACAACGAUAUCACAAAGAGAAACAGAAACACCGAAGUAUCCUGACAUCGGAACACCUACAGAAGCUAAAGGAGCUAAGACAGAAUCCGGAACUACUUAUCACAAGACCAGACAAAGGAGCCGGGAUUGUUCUUAUGAAAAGAAAGGACUACCUGGAGAAAAUGAACGCCAUCCUAGCAGACGGGAGUAAAUUUCGAGAGGAUACAGGGAAGAAAGACAGAACAGAACUGAUAGAACAGCAAAUGAUGAAGCCCUUGAAGUCUCUGAAAGAAGCUGAGGCGCUAGCUAUCCAAACAUUGGAUCCCCCUCUGUGCAAUCAAAAGCAGUUCGUUCGGGCAUUAGCCUUGCCGUGGCCUCGGAUGAAGAAAUCCACUCCACCCCCGGGGGGCGCACCAACGAACUAA